AAGCGCGAACGAGAAGCACGGGAGCGAAGAACGGUGAAGCCGAAGUCACAGAUAGAGCAGAAAGAAGAAGAAAAAGAGAGAAUGAAAAAGAGAUCUCCAGGAAAAGUAACAAGGAAAGAUGGAAGAGGGAGAAAGAGAAAUAGAGACCCCAAAAUAAUUCAGUCUUCGCUAGCUUCGGCGGGGGGUUUGAAUGUUGUUCAAGAGGUUCAGAAGCAUGGAGACGCACAACCUUUAGAAAAUGGUUCAGAAUCACCAGAGGACACUGUAGCCUCUGUUUCAGAGAUGGUAUUGCAGCAUGUAGAGCACAUGCAAGCUAUGGCAAGGGGGAUUGUUCAGUCUGUACAGAUGCUAGUGACGCAUGCACAACUAGAAUUUGCCAGCUUCCGACCACCAACUUAUCUCCUCUCAGACAUAGACAAUGACUUACAGCAGCUCAUCUAUGUUCAGGAGCAAGGAGACGCGCAGCCUUCAGGUGAUGGUGCAGAGUCGUCGGACUUAUCAACUGCGGUGGAAGAUGGUGAUGCUCAGCGCUCUCAAAAGGAUCAUGUAAAGCGCCUUUGGGAUUUUUUGCAGCAGUUCCAAGUGCACCUGGAAGCUUUCAUUAGGUGGAUUCGUCGAUGGUUAAUGGUGAUAGCAACACAUUUGAAUCUAGACCUCAGCAAGAUUGCACCAUCAGCAGAUGAGUUUCUCUCAGACAUGGAAAACGUUUUCUAAACACCCCUUAACCUUUAGCCUUGUUUCUUUCAGCAGCUGAUUUCCUCUGACACAAGGAAGAUGAUAUUUCUAAAACACCUUUGACCUUUAGCCUCUUUUGGUUCAAGUUUCUAGUCUUUGGUUUUUUGUUUCUCCUUGCUUAAUGUUUUCCUCUUAGUCUCACAUUUUGUUUGGAUGUCUGUAACUACACAAUUAAUGUGCUUUCACUUGAGACAGGUUUUUCUGAUAUAUGUGAUUCAAUAGCAAUAACUCGGUUUUUACAUGUCA